AUGUGUCAUUAUGACCUCCCUCCUGCUUUUGUGUUUUUGUCAAUAGGAUCCGUUUUUACACUAAAAGUUCAAGUGAAUGACAUCAUCAGCCAUCAGUACCUGCGGCAAGCGGCGGUGGAGGUGUUUGUGAACUACACCAUGACCAAUUCUACCCUCACUGGAAACAAUGGAGCAGUGUUGAUAAAAGUCCCCUACAAGUUAGGYUUAAGUGUAACCAUUGUCUCCUACAAGGAUGGCUACCUGCUGACACCUUUGCCUUGGAAGACGGCGAGAAUGCCAAUAUACUCGUCCGUGACGCUCUCUUUAUUCCCACAAAGUCAAGCUAAUAUAUGGCUGUUUGAAGAUACUGUCUUAAUUACUGGAAAACUGUCUGAUGCCAAAUCUCAACCGAGCGUUCAGUUUCCUAAAUCUUUAAUAAAGCUUCCAACAAAUCAUAUUGCAAAYGUUACAGCCUAUCUGACAGUGCCAGAGCAAUUUUUGAAAGUGGACAGCUUUCUCUAUACAACAGGAAUUAUUCUAAAUAAAUCAGGUUUCAAAAGCAUGGAAUUAACUCCUCUUGCUGCUGUAUGUGUAAAUGUCCUUCUGGCUGGGAAAGAACUGAACAUAAAUGGUCCCAUCCAGAUUACACUUCCUCUUCCCACGACUACUGUGAAAUCAGGAGAUGCUGUACCUGCCUGGACAUUCGAYAUGAAAAUUGGUGCUUGGGUAAACCGUGGGCUAGGAAUGGUCAAGGAGGUGGAUGGUCAGUUGGUGUGGACGUACACUGCUCAGCACCUGGGCUACUGGAUAGCAGCUCCACUGCCUGGCACCAGAGAAUCCAUUAUUAGUGCUGUUUCCAAGGACAUCACAGCCUAUCACACCGUGUUCCUUACGGCCAUACUGGGAGGAACUGUUGUCAUUAUCAUUGGAUUUUUUGCUGUUCUUCUUUGUUACUGCAGGGAUAAAUGUCAUCGGACACAGAAGAAGGAAAAAAACACAACUAAGCUGGAGGUCAUAAAAAAAGACCAGACAACAUCGACAACUCACAUAAAUCACAUCAAUCCUGUCAAAGGGUCUUUAAAGUUGGAGGAUAAGUCACAGUUAUAUACACCGAAGAUUUCUUCAUACAGCCCUCAAAGAAGGCUGUCCAUWGGCACAGAAGAUGGAAAAUCACAAGACAAUUUUAAAAUCUACACAGAGGAUGCUUCUUAUCAGUCAUCCUGUCAGACUGGUCAGGCAAGAAAUUCAGCCCAUUCAGUGGAAGCUAAUGCUGCAGUGAGGCUUUUACAGCAGCCAAAGCACAGUAACAGUACUAUUUCCCAGGCUUCUCGGGACAUUCCAGACCAAAACAGGUACCUUUCACUGAAAGAGGAGAUGUACGGGCUUUCCCAUAUCCCAGAACAUCUAAUGCAUAUUUACAAUCAGCCUAUUGCUAUUCUUCAAACCUCAGACCUUUUCCACUCCCCAGAACAGCUACAUCCUGGUAAAUCAGCCACUUUGCCCAGGAARGGGCAGCUGGUGUACGGCCCCAUGAUGGAACCCAUGAAUUGUGACAGUUACAUGCAAACACUCCCCAAAAUGCCYGUGCAUUCUCAUCCCCAGCCUUCUGCCUGCAGGGAUGAAAACAGUGCCCUGGAUGGCGGAGAAGGCUUGCCUUCCCAAGCAUCCAACUGGAGCCGGUACACCAACAGCUUACUGGAAUCUGUCUCUGUUCCUGGCACAUUGAACGAAGCMGUUGUGAUGACUCCGUUUUCUUCCGAACUUCAAGGUAUUUCAGAGCAGACACUGCUGGAACUCUCUAAAGGAAAGCCAUCUCCCCACCCUCGAGCAUGGUUUGUGUCCCUGGAUGGAAAGCCAAUCGCUCAAGUGAGGCAUUCUUUCAUAGAUCUGAAAAAGGGGAAAAAAACUGAGAGUAAYGAUACCAGUCUGGACUCUGGUGUGGACAUGAAUGAGCAUCAUCCUAGCAGGAAACUGGAGAGAGAGAAAACUUUCAUUAAAAGUAUGCCACAUUCAAAGAUUCUUUACUUGGAAGACUUGGAUCUGAGUAGCAGUGAAAGUGGGACCACUGUUUGCACRCCAGAGGACCAGGCUGUGAGGCACAUUAUGGAAGGAGGGAAUGGGUCAGUCAUAGAACAGCAUGAUGAKGAAGGUUUAAGAAAAAAAUCCCUACCAGGAAGUAAUGAAUCRGGUAUCCCUUCUGCUAAAAAAAGGGAUAGACCAACUCUCGUGAAAAGAGAUAGCAAAACCAAUAUCUGGAAGAAAAGAGAGGAGAGGCCACUUAUUCCUAUAAAUUAAAACACAAUGUGCUUUGUGCUGUUGCUCUCCCUGCUAGUUAUUGACCUCUUGGCUGCUUCUGUAAUUCUGCAGUGYUGGGUUUACAAAAGAAAUGUUGUUUUCUAGUAUCAAGAAAAGUUUCAAUUUUUUUUUUUUAAAUGUACAGGUUGAGUUACUAAACUUCAGCUGAGCAAUUGAUAUUCCAUGUGAAUUGAAACCAGGGAAAUGCUACUAUUAAACUUUUCCAGUUCCUAAUGUUACUGGCAGUAUGGGGAAGGCCCACAUUUUAAUUAGCCUGUCAUUCUUGGAUGCACCUUUGGGAACGCGCAGUGAGAAAUGUAGGCACGUGUUUUAAUUYUUUUGUACUUGUUGCUAAUGCGAUGGUAGCCUAGUUAAAGCCAUCCCUCAGCCUUGUUCCUACUCAACGUGACCAUCUGUACAGUAUUUUAUAUGUGAACUUUUCUAGGUAUCUGUUACUACUUCUUUGUAUAAUGUGAAACCUUUCAUCCAUUGGUCCCAACAACACCAGCAGAGGAGCUCUUCUGGAUUUAUCAGCGGAGCUCUAUAGCAUUACUGCCCUCCCUGUGUGCCCAUCUGUGUGCAAUUCCAUACAGCAGUGGCAGAAGGGCCAAGGCUACAAGCUCUGUGGCUGCUGCAGUUCAUGGUCCCCACUGUCUUAGGAUGUUGCCCAUCUGCUUUGUUUCAAUCUGCUUUGUUACGGCCCGUGGAUGUUGAAGAUUGACAUUGGCUAUGACGUGUCCACAUCCAGCAGAAAAGGACUGGUUCUGGUAGCAUUUGAAACUGCAGCUGCUCCUGAUCCCAGUGUCUUCUUUUGGCUUCAUUGUCAGUGAAAAUCCUCCCUUCUGCAUGCUGUUGGGCCAGUUGUGCUCCACCAUAUAGCCUUGAAUCUCUG